CGCUAGAGGCGGCCUGAAAGGUGAAAGUGCGCCGGCGGCAGGCCGUGUGUCGCUGAGUCUGCGCAGUGGAAGUAGGGGUGCGCGCGAGAUCCUGAGGAUUGCAUUGGAAUCAGUUUACUGUUAGUUAUUAAAAUCACUUGAGCUCCAACUUGACUGGAUUGCCUUAGGUUUUUAACACUUUUCCUUAAAAUAAGAAAGACACCAUGGAUCAGAGUUUGGAUGGACUGCAAGAAAAUGGAUCUUGUGAGGAAACAAAAUGUCUCAACCCUGAUUCCUUGAACAAAGGAUUCUUAUUUGAAAUGGAUUCUGAUGCUUCAGAAUUUGAAGUUCCUGAGACACCCAGCCCUGUUUUUUCCAAGAAGAACAGUAAACCAUAUCGUGUGGAGACCGCAGUCCAGGAUAGAAUUACUAAUGAAGGGCGAAAACCUAUAUCUGUUGCACAGACCAGUACCUGUCCACCAAAGAGAUGCCUCGUAAUGACAAAUAGUACUGCAACACAGACACCUGAGAAACGUACUAAAAGACUCCUUGCCAAAAAUAGCAAAGCUUAUUCUUCCUGCUCGUUGCUGAAGAGUCCUGUGUGUUUACAACCAAAGGAAAAUAGAGCUUUCUCAAGUCUAAAAUCAAAAAGAUCAAGCAUUGCAAAAGCUGCUGCUUCCUCAAGAUAUUUGCUAUCACAAAAAACUCCUGUGGAGUCAAAACUGCUUUCGAGGUCAAGAGAUUCUAGUUCUUCUACUGUGAAGACGAACUGCUGUGUGGCCUCACGCUGUCAUUCCCCUUCAGCUGUUUCCAGUUCUCGCUCCUCUCCAGCAAUGAAAAGGGCAAAAUCAAGUUCAGAAGGUUUUUCUGUUGCCAGCAGUUCCACUUCAAAAAGUUCUCCAGUGUGCAAUGCACUUUUGAAAGAGAGUCUAAGAAUAGAUUCAGAACAAACAUCUUCUGCCUUUGAAUUGUGUGCAGGUGGAUUUGCAGUUGCCUCUGCUUUCAACUGUGCUGCUUCUCCAGGCUCAGCACUAACUAUUUUAGGAAAUGGUGCAAGUGACUGGAUAGAUCUCCUAGAUGACGACGAUGAUGAAACAAUAGUGCCCUCAAGAGAGCAACAGCAAUGGGAGCCACCGAUAAUUGUGGUUGAUGAUGAUGACUCUACUGAUACAUUUGUUCGUUUUGCACAACUUGAAGAGGAUGAAGCAUUUGCCAGACAACUUCAGGCGCAGUUUGAUCUAGAAGCUCAGCAACAAUCUGAAAAUACAAGAACUACCUCAACACUGGAAAAUUCCCACGCAUUUUGUGGUUUGCCUGGGUGUUCGGAGUAUGCAGGUUUAUUUGCUUCAGACGUUGGAUACUGUGGGAAGCCUGGAUGUAGUGAGCUUCAGCAUCAAAAUGACAUGUUGAGUCCUGAAAGAAUUGACUCUGCUCUUGAUCUGCAAAGAUUUUUCAAUGAGACGAGCGGUAGAAGCAGAAGACUUAGACACAAUCGGCAUCAGCAUGCUUCUAUGUAUUUAGAUGAAAGUAUAAAUGAUGGUAAUGAUUAUGAGGAACUUUUGGCUUAUGAAGAAAGACAGGGUUCAGCUGUUGCACAGAAAAAACUCAGCAAUGCUGAGAUUAACUGUUUACCAGUCAAUUUAUUUGAUCCAUCAAAUGCUGCAGAAAAGACACAAUGUCAUAUCUGCUUCAAUGACUACGCACCAAGAGAAGAGUUGAGGAUCUUGCCAUGUCUUCAUGACUAUCACAGAAGAUGUAUUGACCGCUGGUUAAAGAGAAACUCAAGUUGCCCAAUUUGCAGAGUCGAUGUGAAUUUGGAUCAGUCUUGAUGAGCGUAACUAUCAGAAGAGUCACAGUGCAAUAAAUUAUUUUUUGACUUGAAUGGAAUACUGUUUUUAAGAUGCAUUCAAUUGUGCAUAGAUGAAAGUGUUUCCAUUUUAUUUCUGUAAAAAUGACUUGAAUUUCAACACAAUAGCUCAAUAUAUAUUGUUUAAUGUCCUUAUUUAAGAACUGAUCUCAAAUCCUCUUAACAGAAGACCAAAAUAAAAUUUGAAAUCCAAAACAACAUUCCAUGUUUUCACUUGCUGUAUAAAAAUAAAUGCUUUUGAAUAUUUGACCAUUAAAUUACAAACUUUCACAUGCCCAUGUU